GAUUACUGAUACUACAUAAUAUGUUAACUUAAAUACCCAAAAAAUAGUAAUAUUUUUAUUUGGCAGGCAUUUAUUUAUGGUAAAAUUUAUUUAACAAUUUAAUUUAAUUUUAACACAUUCCAUACAUAUGUAUAUACAAUAGUUAUAUCCAUAUGUACAUACAUAUACGUUAAAGCAAAGAACGUGAUUUUACGUUCUUAGUUACGUUAACUAAAUACCGUUAAGUGUUACGUUAUUAUUUUGUCACUAGAUGUCACCAUGCACAGUGGAGUGGUUGAUGACUUCGUUAAGCUAAAAAAGAAAAACCUAAAGAAUUUCUACGUUCUCCUUUGAAUAUUAAAGAACAUUUCUUUUAUCACGUAUUUUUAUUCAUCCCAGAGUAACUCCAUCAUUUGCGUUUUGCACCUUCGCUGAGCAUCUGCUAGAUAAACAUUUUUACAAUAACAUCGCCCUAGAAAUGCCAUCAUUAGACUACAAAACAUGCAACAAGAAAUUAAGCAACGUUCUAUAUGUGGACACUUUCUAUCCACUGGAGCAGCGGUGCAUGCCUUGGACCUGGUUUCUUUCGUUGGAAAUGCAGUUUUUUAUUGUGGCUUCCUUGGUUCUCCUCCUCGCCGAGAUCCACUCGACGUAUGCUAUAAUAAUUGGCGUGGCUACUUUUAUUAUAUCCAUAUUAGCUUCGGUAGUAUGGGAAUCGGAUCCCAUCACCAACGCAGAAUUCUCGAUAGGAACAUUUAUGCAAAAGGAACUAGCUGAAUUCAAUUUGGUCUUCGAUAACAUUUGCCUGCGCAUUUCUCCGUAUAUAAUGGGCAUAUGUGUUGGAUACAUUCUGCAGCGGACGCAAUCCAGCUUGAAAAUGAAUUUCGUGGUGCUAGUUUGUGGUUGGCUUAUGUAUUUGCUAAUGGCGGGCUUAUUUGUAUUUGGCUACAAAUACGGUUACGAGAAACUCCUGCCUAACCUGUCGUAUGGACGCUGGUGCCACGCAACACUCUUCACCAUUUCGCAUGCUAUGUGGUCUCUGAUGCUGUUCUGGACAACUCUAACAGCUGAAAACUAUCAGACUUGGAGACCGCUUAGUUUUCUGCUUGAUGGGAAAUUUUUAUAUGUUUUGGAACGACUGUCACCGGUUUGUCUACUUGUGGGUCCGAUUGUAAUUCGGCUGCUGGUUUUCACAGCUGACACGCCCAUCUACAAUUCUGUCGGACACACGGUUUCAAUUUUUGUGGGGUGCUUGCUGAUGACAUACUUGAGCGCGCUCUUUCUUCAUGUUCUAUUCGAUGGACCUCUUUGUGCAUUUCUACAGGAAGCAAUUCUAAAAUAGCAGAAAAUUUUCGACAAACGUUAAUUGCUAGAUAUAUACACGUAUAAGGACUAAGUGGUUGUAAAAUUCGGGAAAUUUUUUAAAAAUAUUUAAAGGGUGGGGCUAAGCACGGGCGAAAUAGAUUACAGACAUUCAUGCUAUGAGCACCUAAAACAAAUUUAUGUACAUAUGUAUAUAAAAAAUCUAUAAGGCCACAGUCAGCAACAUAAUCCACUUUUUGGAUUAGACAGUUUUCUUGGACAGUUUUCACUAAAUUUUAGAAAUAAAUCUCUUAAAGAUGACAUUUCUAUUGCCAGAGAUAACCAAUGUUAAGUGCUGCGAAAUUAUAUUUUUAUUAAGACAAAUUGAUUUGAUACUACAAUCACUAUCAAGUUUAAUAGGGUGUUUGGUAAACUGACAAAUAUGACGCUGGGCCUGAAAAGAAGUAUAGAUACCAGCAUGCAACAAAAAUUUACAGACUAAAAUCGAACUUUUAAAACAAAACAAAAAUACCAAUUUUGUUGAAAGUUGAUCCAGAAAAAAAAACAGAGUAACAUCAAAGAUUCAGUAUUUUUGCCAAAAAAUACCGUAGAAUCAAAAAAACUUCAAAUUUAAAUUCUUCCUUAAAUAUAAAUUAAACUAGACACAUAUAAUACAUCUGUUUUACAAUUUUAUGAAACAGGUAUAUUUCUAAAUAGUCAGACAAUAGACUUCUCGUAGAGCAUCAACUUGAGAAAGAGAGUUAGCUAGUUGAGAGUUGAAUUCAAGAGGGCAUUGAUAUUUAUCCCAAACUUACAUUACAUAGCUCAUGACGAUAUGAAAGAAAAGAGGGGAAGGAUUUGGUUCCUACCGUUAUAUUCAAACGAACAUCUGUUUUCUUUAAUUUUUUCCUACUUUGGUUUGAAUACUCAUGGGACAGAAAAUUAACUAAUCAAAUAAUUUUCUAAGGCUUAUGUACAAUAGCUCUAUUUUUUUACUUUCAUCUGACGAACAGAUAUUACCAAAUGGUUGAUUUUCAUGUGAUUCGUAAUAUUACCCAUCGUUUGUUUGUAAGUCAGGUACAAAAACAAACUAACGGUGAGUGCACCUUCUGUUAUCGUUUCGAAUGCACGUUAAUUUUGGCCUCCGAGGUGCUAAAUGGACUUGCAGGAAAAUAGGGAAACGAAGCUUUGACACUUUCACCGCAGCGUAAUCGCAAUCGCACCAUAUGUUUUAAACACAUAAAUACAUAUCUCGGUACAUGAGUGCUUACAUGCCAACACAUUUGUUAGUACAUUGGUUAUACAUACAGCUUUACCAGUUAUUUGAAUAUCCACCUAUUCAUAUGGUUCUCGCUGUGCCUCAUACUAUUGCGGGAACUGAUACAUUUUCAUAAGAAGCUUUGUCUCUGAAAUUUUGCAACAAUUCCAUACUCUUACUCUUUCAUGCGGCACUUAUGCUUCCCUGCCUACAAUACCUUUAUUUAAGCAAAAUCGCCAUUUUUAUACUAUCGCAACUUGUUGCUACAGAGUAUAAUAGUUUUGUUC